AUGGUCAGGCGAAGGGAAAUGGCGACCGUUCCAGGGGAUCUGAUCUGGCAGGUUGUGAGGAAGAACAACUCCUUCCUUGUGAAGCAGUUUGGCAACGGCAAUGCCAAGGUGCAGUUCACCAAGGAGCCCAACAACCUCUACAACGUCCACUCCUACAAGCACUCUGGCUUGGCGAACAAGAAGACCGUGACGAUCCAGCCAGCUGCUGGAAAGGACUCGGCUGUGGUCCUCUCUACUACCAAGACCAAGAAGCAGAACACACCUGCGAAGCUCAGCCACAAGUCUGUGAUGCGCAAGGAGUUCCGCAAAAUGGCCAAGGCUGUGAAAAACCAGGUUAGCGACAACUACUACAGGCCUGAUCUGACCAAGCCGGCUCUUGCUAGGCUGAGCUCUGUCUACCACAGCCUCCAGGUCGCCAAGUCUGGUGUCAAGAAGAAGAACAGGCAGCCUAAGCACUAA